AUGUGGUGUACAAACUUGGAUCAAGGAAACACAGCUAUGUUUCCAUACUUUACAGGUCAAAAAAAUUCUAAUCCUGAAGUUCUGGGAACCAUAAGAAGUCACUUGCAGGCCUUGCAAAUAUCAUUGAAAUAUUAUUUCCCAGACUUGAACGUGAAACAGUAUCACUGGGUUCGCAACCCAUUUACCUCCUUGGUGCAAACAGAUGACUGUGAAUUACAACAGGAAGCUGUGGGUCUAAAGAACGACCAUACGCUGCAACUAAAAUUUAAAGAAGUGUCGCUCAACAGCUUUUGGGUGAGUCUCCACAGAGAAUACCCUCGACUAUCAACGAAAGCUAUUGAAGUGCUACUUCAAUUUUCGACGUCCUGCCUAUGUGAAUAUGGAUUCAACGCGCUCACAAAUAUUAAAACAAAAAACGCCAAAGACUCACAAAAACAACACUAG